AUGGCACAAGGGCUAGAGUUGUCCGUCAUAGACUUCCGGAGCUCCUGGAACAACAUGCGGCACCACACAGAGGAAAUAAGCUCUGACCGCCUCCUUGUUCGCCGGGGUCAGGCUUUCAACAUCACUCUGUACUUCAGUAACCGGGGCUUCCAGCUGGGCCUGGACAAUAUCAUCUUCGUGGUUGAGACUGGACCACUGCCAGACUUGGCCAAGGGGACUCGAGCUGUGUUCAGCCUGGCAGAUCAUCGUGGUCCCAGUCCUUGGAUAGCCUCACUGGAGACCAACAGGGCCACCUCCCUGGAGGUGAGCCUGUAUGCCCCUCCCACGGCGUCCAUGGGUCGGUACCUUUUGAAAGUUCACAUCGACUCCUUCCAGGGGUCUGUCACAGCCUAUCAGCUUGGAGAGUUCAUUCUGCUCUUCAAUCCCUGGUGCCCAGAGGACACUGUCUAUUUGGACAGUGAGCCCCAGAGGCAGGAGUAUGUCAUGAAUGAUUACGGCUUCGUCUACCAAGGGAACAAGAACUGGAUCCGCCCUUGCCCUUGGAACUACGGACAAUUUGAAGAGAAUAUCAUAGACAUCUGCCUGGAGUUGCUAGACAAGAGCCUGAACUUCCAGAGUGACCCAGCCAUGGACUGCGCCCUGCGGGGAAGCCCCGUCUAUAUCAGCAGAGUGGUGUGUGCCAUGAUCAACAGCAAUGAUGACAAUGGGGUGCUCAAUGGAAGAUGGAGUGAGAAUUACUCAGAUGGCAUCAAUCCUGCAGAGUGGACCGGCAGCGUGGCCAUCCUGAGACAAUGGCAUGCCACAGGCUGCCAGCCAGUGCGCUAUGGGCAGUGCUGGGUCUUUGCAGCCAUCAUGUGCACAGUGAUGAGAUGCCUGGGGAUCCCCACCCGAGUGGUCACCAACUUUGACUCUGGCCACGACACAGAUGGAAACCUGAUCAUAGAUGAGUAUUAUGACAACACAGGCAGGAUUUUGAAGAAUAAGAAGAAAGACACUGUCUGGAAUUUCCACGUCUGGAAUGAGUGCUGGAUGGCCCGAAACGACCUCCUUCCUGGAUAUGGAGGCUGGCAGGUGCUGGAUGCUACACCUCAGGAGACAAGCAACGGCUUUUACUGCUGCGGCCCUGCCUCUGUCAGAGCCAUCAAAGAGGGAGAGGUGGAUCUGAACUACGACACGGCCUUUGUCUUUUCCAUGGUGAAUGCUGACUGUGUGUCCUGGCUUGUCCGUGGAGGAAAGGAGCAGAGACUUCAUCGAGACACAAAUUCUGUUGGCAAUUUUAUCAGCACCAAGAGCAUCCAGAGUGAUGAGCGGGAUGACAUCACGGAGAAGUACAAGUAUGAAGAAGGUUCUCCUCAGGAGAGGAAAGUGUUUCUGAAGGCUCUUCAGAAGCUGAAGAUUGGAAGCUCCCAAGGCCCCUACGGAGCAGACUUGUCACCUUCCAGUCCCAUGCAUCUGAGCCACUAUGGUCCUCGAAGCUCAGAUUCACCUUCCCUUCGGCCCAGUGAUGUUAUCCAGGUUUCCCUGAAACUUCAGCUGCUCGACCCACCCAACAUGGGCCAAAACAUAAAGUUUGUCCUGCUGGCCCUCAACAUGUCACCCCAGUUCAAGGACCUCAAAGUUAACCUGAGCGCCCAGUCUCUGAUGCAUGAUGGAAGCCCCCUGCCUCCAUUCUGGCAGGACACAGCCUUCAUCACGCUCUCUCCUGAAGAAGCAAAGACUCAUCCCUGCCAAAUCCCCUAUUCCCAAUACAGCCAGUACUUAUCAACAGACAAGCUGAUCCGCAUCAGUGCCCUCGGAGAAGAGAAGAGCUAUCCCAAGAAGAUCCUAGUGGACAAGAUCAUCACCUUAGCCUAUCCCGCCAUCAUGAUUAAUGUUCUAGGAGUAGCCGUUGUGAAUCAGCCACUCUCCGUACAGGUGAUAUUUUCAAACCCCCUCUCAGAGCAGGUCGCAGACUGUGUGCUGACUGUGGAAGGAAGUGGUCUCUUCAAGAAGCAGCAGAAAGUUAUCAUUGGAGUCCUCAGACCCCAACACAGGGCCAGCAUCACUCUAAAGACUGUCCCCUUCAAGAGUGGCCAAAGGCAGAUCCAAGCUAAUCUGAGGAGCAACAAGUUUAAAGACAUCAAGGGUUACAGGAAUGUCUACGUUGACUUGAGGUUAUAAAUUCUAGGACAA